AUGAAAUUCUCGUCUGCUAUGCAAAAAAUCUCACCUGCCGUCCAACAAGUAAAGGAAUUUGCGCGAAAGAAUCCCAAAAUUACUUAUAUCGGUGGGGGCAAACGGGCGAUGGGAUUUCAAGCAGGUGGUGUCGCUGCUGAAUCUUUGGCAGCUAAAUUAACGGAACCAGUGGUUCUGUUAUUCUAA